UGAUCCAUAUGCUGACCCGUACUAUGACUACGAAAUGGAAGCUUUAUGGCGAGGUGGCCAAUAUGAAAACUUCAGAGUGCAGUACACUGAAGCUCCUCUUCCUUACCACUACAGCGAACGUGAACGUGAGCGUGACCCUCGGGAACGGCAGCGUGACCGAGAGAGGGAGCGAGACCAUCGUGAGAGGGAGAGGCGGCAGCGAGAGAGAGAACGGGAGAGAGAACGGGAGCGUGAAAAAGAGAGGAUGCGGCGGAAAGAAGAAUGGGAGAGAGAUCGGAUGAAGCGAGAUGAGAAGGAGAGACCACGGAUGCGUCCUCCUCGAGAUGCCAGGGAGAAGAAAGAUGAGGACAAACUAAAACCACGCUCCCCACUCAGCCUGCCUCCAAACAGGCCGAUAGAGCCCCCACCAAAAAAGGAGGUUGUUCCAGUCAUGAGGCGCCCAGAUGAGUGGAAGGACCCAUGGCGACGGUCCAAAUCACCCAGGAGACGUCCACCUCUGGGCUCACCCCUACGGGGCCGCCGGCGACAUCGGCCAUCAGGCUCCUCAGUCUCUGUGUCCAACUCCUCCAGGUCCUCGUCUCGCUCUUCAUCAUACACAGGUUCUGGGUCAUCUCGUUCCCACAGCCGUUCCUCCUCAUUCAGCUCCUACUCCAGCCACUCGUCCCAGCGCAGCUCCUUCAGCGGCAGCCGCUCUAGGUCUCGAUCAUUCUCCACAUCUCCCUCACCCAGUCCAGCAGCACUGAGGAAUGCUAAGAAUAAACCAGACCUUUAUCCUGUUUUAGCCAAAGGCAUCCCUUUGAAGCACGAUGCCAUGCCCCCUCCUCGCAGGGACAGGCCUCCCAUGAAGAAAGCUGUCAGUCCCCCAGUACCUGGUGGGCUGCAGGGCAGACUUUCAAAACCCAUGCCAGAUGGAGGUAAGCCUCCUAACAAUCCCCGAGAUGCUGGAGGUGCAGGAGCUGGUGCAGUGGCGAGACCCCUGCCACCAAGGGAACCGGCAAAACCUAUCAACCUGAGGGAAGGCAGGCGGAAGGAGCGGCAGCAGCGUCCUCCCCGGAGGAGAACUGUGAGUGGGAGUGUUAGCGGAAGUGGGAGCAGUUACACUGGUUCUAGCUCCAGAUCUAGAUCCUCAUCCAACUCCCUGUCACAGUCACACUCUGGAUCCAGAAAAUCCAGAAAAUCCAGAUCACUUACUGUGAGCAGCGUGUCGUCUGUGUCAUCAGCGUCAUCCAGCAGCAGCACCGUGCGCAGCGCGGACUCAGAUGACAUGUACGCCGACCUGGCCAGUCCGGUGUCUUCUGCCAGCUCUCAUUCGCCCACACAAAAUCACCCCCGCAAGGAGCGAGGGCCAGCACGUGAUCGGUCCCCACAUGGAAGAGACAAGAACAGGGAAAGACUAUCAAAGAAAGACGAACCCUUCAGGGAGGAUCGCAGGAAGAUUGACCUUUCUGGUGCCCCACCCAGAGAAGGAAAUCCCAUUCCCAGAUCAGGGCCUGGUAACCGAGGGGGGCACCCAAUGCAUCCUCCACCUGGCACCAUGGCCCCCCCUGGAAACUAUGGAGGUUCAGGUUCCCACAGAGACAUCAAGCUCACUCUCCUGAACAAGCAGGGAGACAAAACCAACAGGAAGCGAUACCUGCCCACAGACAAAGACAGACCAGGAUCCCCCGUCAGCAAAAGAAUGGCUAUAUCUCCAGACAGAGGUGAGAAACAUGGUCGUGAUAAGAGGAUACCUGGCCGACUCCCACUUUCUCCUCGAAUAGAUCGACCCAGAGGCCGACCCAUACCCCCCCAGGGAGACAGAAAACGUCCUCUGUCUCCACCCCCCAAAUCAUCUGGGAAAAACCUGGCAGCACCACAAGGCAAGCUGGCCACUCCAAGCUCCACAUCAGCUGCUGGCUCAGGCUCCAGCUCAGGGUCGGGCUCUGGCAGACCCAGUAACACGCUGUCCCGGCGCGAGGAGCUGCUGAAGCAGCUGAAGGCUGUGGAAGAUGCUAUCGCCAGGAAACGAGCAAAGAUUCCGACCAAAUAAAUGACAGCCCAGCCUUCACCUGUUCAUCUACAUGCAAAGUCUGCCUGGGCAACCCCAAGGAUUACGGGGUGACGUGUUUUGGUGUUUUUUUUUUUUUUGUUUGUUUUUUUUUUGUGCC